AUGGCGGGAAUUAUGACCAGACGGCGAGAGAAAAAGUUCGUCUGCAGCAAAUGACGGAGCCUCUUGCUGGGAGAAAUUUUAAUAGUCGGUGCUUCAUUGUGUUUAAAAAUCUAACUUUAACUUGCGUGAUUACAGGUAAAGAAAGAUGCCCUACACCAAGCCUAAGAGAUCCAGACUGAUGACAAGGAUAAUGUACAAGAUGAGAACUGUGAAUGUUCGAAAGCCCACACUUCCUAUUGCAACCAUGUUUCCCCAUCAUUACACCGGCAAGCACUUGGACCUCCCCAUCAGAAGGGCACCUGUAAAAAGAGAAUCUGAUGAGGGAAGUGGAUGUAUGGCAAAGGGCUUGAAGGCAGAACCCAUAGAAUUUCCACAGGACUUGGAACAGAGCUUUCAUGCAGGUCAGCUGCAGCAGCACUGCAGCCUGGCAGCAAAACACUGUCAAGAUGAUGAUGUGCCGAGUCAAAAAGCCAGGUGGGGAUACUGCAACAAGCCAACAAUGACAAGAUGCAGUUCAGUCAAGCAAUGUCAGGGAACAACAAGCGGUCCAUGGCCCCAAAGACUAAGACAGACCCCUCAGAUUAAUUCAUCCCUUUUGACAUCUCCCGGUAAGGGAAAUGUUAUAAAUUCAUCAGAAGUUGCUGACAAUUCCUUUAACCUGUCAGCAGACAAUGGUAUCGGCCCACAACAUCCAGGCAGCACAGAGGUUGGUCUCAAGAAAACUGGUGACAAAAGAGAGCAUAAACAAAACUGGGAAAAUAAAGAUGAUGAUACCUUUUCCCCUCAGUCUACAGAUAUCACAUGCAAGGAAGGAAUCAGUGAAAACUUACUUGACAAGGUAGUUCACACUGAUAUGAACCUACGUGACGGAGAAAGUGCAGUUCUGGAAGACACUGCUUUAGCUGAAAUACCCUCAGAAGAGCAUUUAUUUCGUACAGAACAUGAUGUAAAAAACAAUAAUGUUGAAGAGAUCAUUCACAGUUCGUUACCAUGGGAAGAGGACAAUCCGCCUAGCCCUGUGUUCAGCUCUGAGGCUGUUCUAGGUGCCCUCAGCAUUCAAGGAAGUAUUGAUGAAAAGCACAAAAAGAAGAAAAGCUGGGAAGCUAAUGGAACUGAAGUCGUCACUGAGUAUUGUGGAUUCAAGAUAUCCUCAUGUGGUGAAGGCCUUGUACCAGAAGCAGUUGAAUCAAAGACCGAAACCUUUUGGAAGGAAGUUGUAAAUGACAACUCCUCAGAUGUCUUGGAACCACCUUUUCCAUUGACUCAGAAGUACCAAGCAGAAACAGAUGACAUCGAUGACUGUGCAGUACCUGAUGAGGAUAACUUGGAUCCUCUAAUUUUUCCAGACUCACCCCUGCUGUAUUCUCAGCACUCUGAAAUGUAGUGCUGUCCCACCUCAGGAAUCUGGUAAUAUUCUGUGUCACAAGAUAGGGGCAAAGUUGGUACAAAGGACAUUUAGUGAGCAAGAUUGCCAUCUGGUACAGAGGAAACAUAGCAAAUAAGGCUACUUACACCCCUGUAGUUCUGUUGAUACCUACUAUAUUGGUUCCUUCCUGGGGAAAUACAUGUUGGAAAUAAAGUAAGUAAUAAAGUAGCCCAGAAAAACAGUACCACUGUUUCUGUUGAAAAGUUUAUCACAUACUAGUAUUCAGUUCUGUAACAUGAUUGGCCCAUCAAUUUAUAGCAAGAAACCUAGCAUAUUGCCACAAUUAGUUGUACAGACAAUUAGUAGCCCAACCUCAAUACCUAUUCAUUUGUAACUACAUGUAUCCAUCUGUAAUCUGAAUGAUUGUUGUUACAUUUACCUGUGUGUGUGUGCUCAUACUGAAGAGCAGAGGAGCUGUUGCACAUGAGAGGAUGUUUAAUGCUACCAAGAUGGUUACAUUUUACACCAUGUGUCAUUUCUUGACAUUCUUAUGAAAGGUUCAAUUACAUGUAUACACAGCAUUUGUGAAAUUCUGAAUAUUUGUGUUGGCUCCAUUGUUUAUCUAACGUGAAAAACAUUACAGAUCGGUUUGGUCCUAACUCACUCGUUAGUUACAAACAAAAGAGAUCACAGAUGAUUUCCAGAUUACCCGGUACUUCUUCUUACUUUGACACUACAUACAUGCAGUGGAAGAUUUGGUAUAUUCAUUUCCCUACUUUAAAGUUUAAUAUAUACAGGAUGAUUUAAACCUGCCAAAAUUGUAUCUAAUUGACUGACUGGCAAAAUGAUUGACAGAAAUGGACAGCUGGUUCAAACUGUUGUAACAAAAGGGCAACAAC